GUUCUUGAAAGCAAGCAGAUUUACUAAACUCCUCAACUGAAAAUGCUGCUUCCCUGAAACCCCUGGAAAUUACUUCCACAGCCACGUUUAAAGCAAUGGGGAAUUCCACCUCUCAGAUAUCUCGUUCUUCUCACUGUGCUAAUGAACAAUAUCAGCUGGACUCCUACUUGUUUCCAAUUAUUUACAUCAUCGUGAUUGUAAUCAGUGUUCCCGCUAACAUUGGAUUUCUAUGUGUGUCCUUACGGCAAAUGAAGAAGGAAAACGAGUUGGGUGUUUACCUUUUCAGCCUAUCUUUAGCAGAUCUUUUGUAUUCAGUGACUUUGCCUCUGUGGAUCCAUUAUACUUGGAAUGGAGAUGACUGGGUAUUCGGUGCCACCACGUGCAAAGCCAGUGCUUUUUUGAUGUAUGUGAACUUUUACAGUAGCUCUGCAUUCCUUACCUGCAUCUCUGUAGAUCGAUACCUAGCCGUAGUCUUUCCCCUGCAAUUUUCCUACCUCCGGACAAGAAGAAUAGCCAUCUAUGUCAGCAUAACAGUCUGGGCAAUAGAAUUACUAUUCAACUCAAAGAUUUUGUGGGAAAAUGAUAUGUACAUUGAAAACUGCCAAGAUGCCACCAACUAUACUCUGUGCUAUGACAAAUACCCUUUAGAAAUCUGGCAAGCUAAUCUAAACAUCUUCAGGACCUUUACAGGGUUUGGGAUCCCUUUAGCCAUAAUGAUGUUUUGUAAUCAUAAAGUGUAUCGAGCUAUAGUGGGCAAUCAAGCCACAGACAACCACGAAAAGAAGAGGAUUAUAAAACUGCUCUUAAGUAUCAGCUUGACUUUCCUCCUAUGCUUCACCCCCUUCCACAUCAUGUUACUGAUUCGCAGUAUUGGGGAACGAAACAAUCAGAGUUUUGGCAAGCACAUGUUCAAACCGUACAGAAUCACAGUUGCCCUGACAAGUUUAAACUGUAUCGCUGAUCCAAUUCUCUACUGCUUUGUGAGUGAAACAGGGAGAUCAGAUAUGUGGAAUAUUUUUAAAUACUGCAGCAAUAAGCAGCAAUGUAAUAUGUGCAUACCAAAAGAUUCCUCAUUUUCUAGGUCAACAAAGAAUACCGAAUUAGAGAUUGAGCACUGAAUUAAACGGAAUAUUUAUCAAAGCACUGAGUUCCACAAUAUCAGAAUGGGACUUAAAACUAAAACGAUAGGUUUUUUUUUAACCUCUUGAAGUUUUUCUCCUAGGCUGUCCAAGUCCUACAGAAUACCACACAUACAACAGACAAUCACAGAAUGAUAGUCAUGAGGAUAAUUAUAAAAAUUCAGACUGUUAGGCUGAGGAAAAUAAAUGCAAUAUCAUGUGUCCAAAAGGGCCUAGAUUGUACACUACAGUGAUAGCACUGUAGGCAUUUGGUAGGACCAGGUGAAGAGAACAUCUGGGCCUUUGACAAAGUGGAAGAGAUUCAUGACUCUUAAUCCCACUUGCUGAAAUAAAACUUGUCCCUUUUCUAAA